AUGGUGAGGUCUCCUCGGUCUAAUUGCAAUCUGAAAGUAACGAUGUUGUUCAUCUGGGCCGUGAUGGUGGUGGCGGCCGCGGAAGGUCCAAGGAUUUUCAAGGUUGGAGACGAGUUCGGAUGGAGAGUUCCACUCCAGAAUGACACAGCGGUUUACAGCCACUGGGCGAGCACCAACCGCUUCCACAUCGGUGAUUCUCUCUGUGAGUCAUAG